AUGGGGCACCCAUUCCCCUUCCCACGGGGCACCCACUCCCCUUCCCACGGGGCACCCACUCCCCUUCCCACGGGGCACCCAUUCCCCUUCCCACGGGGCACCCAUUCCCCUUCCCACGGAGCACCCACUCCCCUUCCCACGGGGCACCCACUCCCCUUCCCACGGGCACCCACUCCCCUUCCCACAGGGCACCCAUUCCCCUUCCCACGGGGCGCCCACUCCCCUUCCCACGCCCCCCGAGCUGCCCACGGCCGUCCCUGCAUGGGCAGGACACGGAUCCAGAGCUCCAGCCCCACACAGUGUCAGGGAUGGGAAGGGCCCUCCCCUGGGGACAGGGGAACUGUCCCCAAAGCCGGCCCCGUGCUCAGGCACCAUCCCCGGGCUGAUUGCCCAACAGCCCCGCGGCUUGGGGACAAAGGUCGCUGUCACCACCAAAGCCACUGUCACCCUUGGGUGUCCUCUGAGCAGCUCCGGGUUGCUCCGAUCCCCCUUCCCACAGCGGUGACAGUGGCCGGGUUCCACGGUGCCAUGGCACGGCUGUGGCUCUGCCUCCUCAUCCUCACUGCUCUCUUCAGCCCCGCGGCCCAAGAGACAAAGAAGGCCCAGAUCUGGGCGAAGCCAUCGGCACCCACCAGGUACCACCCGCUGAUGCUGACCUGCGAAGUCACCGGAGACCCCGGGCCCCAGGAGUUCCUGUGGGAGAAGAAAGAGAGCCCAGUUCCUCUGCAGAAAGGCCCUGACAGCGUCCUGCUCUUCCCCUCCUUCAACGACACCCACCUGGGCACCUACACCUGCACGGCCACCAGCCUCCAGGGCAGGGCUGUGGCCACCUACACCCUGUGGAUAAACGACCUGGGCAGGUCGGUGUUCGUGUUCCCCCAGGAGUCCAAAACCGCCCACGUGCAGGUGACGGCGAGGCUGGAGCAGCCCCUGAACAACUUCACCGUGUGCCUGAGGUCCUUCACCGACCUCACGCGGCCCUACAGCCUCUUCUCCUACGCCACCCAAAAGCAGAGCAACGAGAUCCUGCUCUUCAAGCCCAAACCCGGCCAGUACGAGCUCGCCGUGGGGGACAAGUUCUUGUUCUUCCAAGUGCCCACAAACAUCGCGGAGAGCGAGCACGUCUGCGUCAGCUGGGAGUCCUCCACCGGCAUCGUGGGCUUCUGGUUCAACGGGAAGCCCUGGCCGAGGAAGGGGCUGCAGAAGGGGUACACGGUGGGAGUGCCGGCGUCCAUCCUGCUGGGACAGGACCAGGACACCUUCGGGGGUGGCUUCGAUGCCCAGCAGUCCUUUGUGGGGGAGAUUUCCUCCGUGUACAUGUGGGACACGGGGAUCUCCACCGGGGAGGUGAGGUCGGCCAUGUACGACGACCCCACGCAAACCCCCGUCUUCGGCUGGAGGAAUUUCCCCUACAAGGUCGUGGGCGAGGUGUACCUGAAGCCCUGAGGCUGUUUGGGGGGUGUCCCCCAUCCCUGCUGUGUAACCCCCUCCCCCAAAGCCACCCAACGUCACAUAAAUGGAGAAAUGGGUGUUUAGGGUGCUGGUGGUCUUUGGGGGGCGUGGGUUGAGGCCCACCGAGGCACUGCAGGUGAUGGAUCCAGGCUCAGAAACUCCCUAGGGUGAGUGGGAAGGGGGACAAAGGCUCCCAGCCCAGAGCCUUGCUCUGGUUUGGGGACACAGGGCUGAGCUGGGGACAGGGCAGUCCUGGGGUUAUGUGCACCCCUGGCAGCCCCCAGGCAUGGUGGGGCAGAACCCGGGGGGCCAGGACUGUUGGGGGGCAGCCCUGGGACAGCCCGGUGUCCCCAAGCUUGGGGAGGUUCAGUGCCGUGUCCCAGAGCCCUGAGGGUGCAAUCCUGGAGCCUUUGGGGGAUCAGCCCUGUGUGUCCCUGGGGGCUCAGUCCUGUGUGUCCCUGG